GUCUCCCCCUGCCCCUUUUUCUUUGGCGCCAUUCUUCUGGGGUUCUCCUGCUCAUAAUCCCUAGCACCGACACGAGAAGAGGCCCUCAUCAUGGCCACUCGUUCCGGGAAGAGGAAGCGAGGUGACGAGUCUCACCCUCUUCGGGGCAUCAUGACCCGAAGCAAGUCGGAGGUGUACCUCCACCGCACCAGAUCCGGCUGUGCCCGUGCCGAUCCCCGUCGCCGACCUGCCGUAAACGGUGAGGCUCUGCCAGAUCGCUCUAUCUCGCGCCAGAGGGCUCCUGAUGGCCCUGUUCUGUACGCGGUGGCGACUGGUGCCGGAUCCAUUAAGGAUCUUCGAGCUCACAGGGUUUUCUCGCCGCCGUCCAUUGAUCGGGAUUCUGACUCCGACGAUGGCGGGAAAAAGAGGGUGUGCGGUGGCAAGAAGGAGGUUGAGCUGGAUCCCGGCCUCGCUCGUCCACGGACGUCGGGUUCUGAGAAUGUCGUUGCUGCGCAUGAUGCUGAAGAGAGGGUCGGUGAAGGUGGAAGCGAGACCCGGGAGAGCUUGGGGUUCGUGGGCGCGGAUAUGGAAUGUCGAAACGGCCGCUGCCAAGAUCCAGUUUCUGAUGGUUCAGAGGAUACAGCUUGUGGUCCGGGUGAGGAGGGAAUGGAAAGGGAUUUGGAGUCCGUUAUUGCUCAAAGUAAUUCUGCUGUCGUUUCUCCCGGAGAUGGCUUUUUUGCUAUAUCGGCAGCUGAUGUCAACGGCAUAGUUUGGAACGUGUUGAGGGAUUUAGGGUCCGUCGAUGUGAGUGACCGCGGAGACCUGUCUGUAGAUGGUACUGUGGGGAUUCCGCAAGUUGCAACAGAAGAAGUAGUAAAUGAUACUGGCGCAGGGAGUGACCAAAUUCUUUCUGCGGAUCAGGUUCCCGAGCUUCCAGAAACUGGACCCCGUGGAGCUUGUGAAGAAGAAACCAUGAGAGAAUCCGCUUUCAUAGAAUUGCCUAUGGAAACUGCUGAUGGUUUUGGAGAGGAGAAUAUUGGAUUGCUGAAGAUGACUAGCGGUAGCGUUCCCAUAGAAGUGCAGAAGGAUCUAGAGGUUCCGGAUUUGAAAAUAGUGGCAGAGAAACAUACGAGGGUUGAAGAGAGUAAUACACAAGCAAUAGAGGAGGAUUUAGGAUAUGCUGGUGCGAGCAAGAAUAUUGUAAAGCCACUAGCGGAUGAUGAUUCUUUAUUAAACUAUAAGAAUGUCGACAAGGUUGAAUAUUCCAAUGUUGAAGGGGCCGUCCGUGCUAUUGAUGCAGUUGGAUCAGCUGGUCAGGAGGAUCAAGCAGGAAGAGACGGGGUUCCACCAUCAAAUGCUGUUAUAGGUGCUACCUCAAACACCAUUAAGAGAAAGCCUAUUAAAAUAUUUCAUCGCUUCAACUCACCAAGCUACAGAAAACUGCUGCCUUUCCUUAUGAACCUUACAAAGGACGAUUCCUAUGACAUUGAGGUUAAACCUUACAAGCGUUCUCCAAAAAAGGUUGGGAAUAAGGUACAGGGUGGACUGAAGAUGUCUUCUGAGGGUACUUUAUGUUGCUCGUCUGGCUCUGAGACUGCAAAACCAGCUGCUAAUGUCUGUAGCCGUUCUGAUCUAAAUGCAGAUCUUUCGCCACAACCUACAGUUGAAUCUCAUAGUUCCGUUCGUCUAGAAAAUUUUGAAAUUUCUCGUGCAACUAAACACACCGUGGAUACUUCUAAUACGUUUGAAAAAUCGGCCUCUACAUUGUGGAACAGUAACUCCUCUCUGUUCCAUCCAAUUUUAGACGAGGAGCUUGAUAAGCCAGUCGCUUCAGUUCACACAGAACCUGACCCUCCCUCCAACUCGUCCCCCAUCCCUUUUGAAAUUGCCGCUCCUUCCCCUUUUGAAAUUGCUGCUCCUUCACCUACAGAUAGUUGUAUUUGGCAAAGAGAAAACUCGUGUAUAACAGGAGAGUCUGAAGAAUGCUGUUUAACUCCACCACCAUCAACACUACGCUUUCCUCUCAUGUCAAAGCUUCCUGAAAUACCCUCAUUACGUCAGUGUUCACUUCAUUCAGACAUUGAGAGACAAAAAAGUUCACCAUUGUCUGUUCCAUCCAAGGGCAUUUUGAAGAUGCAUCCUCAGCAAGAUAGGGGCCAUUGCAUGGACAGUUUUUGUUCUCAAUCAGAAAAGGCUUUCAUAUUCUCGCAAAAACAGAUCCAGAAAGCAGAAGAUCUGGUGAAGGACUUGACAAAUGAGCUCUCACAUGUGCGGAGUGUGUUGCAGAGAUCCAUCAUUUCUGGGCACGGAGAAGUUGCACCUCCUGUCGUUAUCAGUUGCAUGCAGGCAGAGGAAAUCUGCAGAAGGGCAUCAGAAGCAGAAGAAAUGGGAAAAGAAUGUUUGAGGCAGAUGACUGAAGAUCUUAAGUUCCACUACAGACGGCCCAAGGUGAAAUUCUCAGAUUGCGUUGAGGAGAUGCCGCUCUCAGAUUUUCGUCACAAGGUUCAAGACAUUCGUGGUGAUAUAAAUAUUAAGAUCGAACACUAGAAAGUUGCCUUCAAGUAGCUCUUUAAAGCCACCACAAAAACCUUUAAAUCUGGUUUUGCUGGUCUGUGCCUCUUGACCCGACGAACUUAAUGACUUGUAUAUGCUUGUUUUUUCUUCUUUACUCAUUGUUAUUGGGAAAAAUGCUUGUCAAGAUAGAAAAAGUGCAACCUUAAUGAUGUUAACCACCACCACAGGUGGUGAAUGUA